AUGGAGCUGAACAAUGAGAACACAGUGCAAAGUCCACAGUCAUCUGAAACUUUUAUUGAAGGUGAUCGAGUUCUAAUAUCUGAGAUUAGUCCAAAUUAUGCCCAAAGAAGAAACUUGUACAAUAAUGUAAAUUGGACGAAAACACAUAUGGCUCUUCUCGGGCAUGUUGGUUAUAUCUACAGUAUAGAUGAAGAGAAGAGAACUGCUCUUGUCCGUGUCUUCUACGCAUUGCCACCGAGUACUGAUCUGUUACAAAACCUGACAGAGUGGCCUUUGGAAGCUCUAGAAAUUCCUAAAAUUGUUGAACACUAUAAGGGAGAUUUAGUAGCAAUAACUCGUGGAGACCCAUUGAAAACAACGAUUGGAGUUAUUGCUGCAAAAGAAACAGUGACUUUCGAAGGUGUUCCAAAAUACAUGGUUUCAUUGAAAAAUGCUCAAAACACUGCAUUAAUUCGUGAUAUUCAAGUGACAAUUGAUGUGAAUCCAGGAUGGACAGAUGGUCGUAGAGACUUAUUUCUGUGUCCGGUUUAUUCUGGACCAAGACUGUCAAUGAUUACGAGAGAUAGAAAUGAACACAGUAUUCAUACUUAUAAAAAUACAAUUCACGGUUACACAACGGACAAUUUGAUGGAAAUUAUCAUAAAUUGGAAUGAAGAUUCUAGUAGUUAUGCUAAGUUAGUUGAAUCAAUUCGUGCAAAUCCGCAACAAGUUCGAAUGCCUUUCGAUGGACAGCUUCCAAUUUUCCGUGCAGUUUCGGAUGAUUUGUGGAAUGUUGUUGUGAUGUUAAUCUCAUUAGGAGCAGAGAAAAAUGCUAAAGAUAGUCAGAACAAGACAAUAGUGCACGUGGCAGCGGAGAGAGGGCUUGACAAGAUGCUAGAAGGUGUCCUACUUCUUCUUCCAAAAGAAGUAAAUUCUCAGUCAAUAACCGGUGAUACUCCACUGCAUCUGGCUUCCCGACAUGCUCAUGCUGCCUGUAUUGAUCGUCUUCUGGGGACAAGCGCAUGUCUUCCGUGUGUUGCAAAUAACAAUGGAGAUACUCCAAUACAUGAAGUUUGUAAACUGCCUGAGUCUGGAAACAAGAAAGCAGCGAUUAGUCGUAUUAUGACAAACACUCGAGCGAACAUUCAUCAAAUGAACAACGCCAAUAUGACACCUCUACAGAUUUCUAUAUUCGGAGGACACGUGAAUACUGUCGAACAACUCCUUCUUUUACGUUCUUCUUACCGUAAUACCACUACAAAAAACGGAAUGAAUGCAUUGCAUUAUGCUGCUGGAUGUGGGCAUGUAAAUGUCAUAAACAAGUUGAUUAUGUUGGGCCUCGAAGUACAUCGUCGUGACAGAUUUGGUCGUGGAGUUCUUCAUUACGCUCUUGAAAAAUGGACUGGAGAAGCUGAGAAAGACUGUGGACGUCUCGCAUCAAUUCAAGCCCUUGUAAAGGCGGGAGCCCCACCGAAUGUAGUAGAUUUGAAUGGGCAGACCCCCAUAUUUCAACUUGUUAAAGAUAUGCUGAAACAAAAUGAACAAUAUGCUGUAUCUUUGGUUCCAAUGUGUGCUCAACUCGUUCGUACAAACUUGAAUCUUGAUGAGAUGGCGAGUAGACUUCGUCCCAAAUGGCAACUUGCUACUAUUUGUUUCAUGGUUUCGAAUGGUGCUGAUUUGAAUAUUAAAGAUAGAAAAGGGGUGAGCAUUGUUGAUUUGUGUGAAGAUUCAACACUUCGUCCGAUCAUUAUUCAUAUUGCACAAACUAAGCAAAGGUAA